GAUGAAGAUGAAUCCUUUGACAAAGAAGACUCCUGGAGAGAGUGGAGGACUCAACAGAAAAACAACCUUGUGCCGUUGCAAUCCUUUAUCCAAAGCACACUUCCGUUUCCGCUUUCCCUAGCGUUUGUUUCCUCUGUGCAGCAACCGCAGCUUAUGCCAAUGCCACCAUUGCCCAUGCCCCAUGUUCCAUUUGCACUAGCUUUGCAAGUGUUGUCAGAGUAACACGAUCGGGCUUCGCAUAUGUGCUGUCCUAUGAUCCCGUAUUCCUGAUCCAUAUGUCAAUUGAGUCUUUUACUGAAGAAUCCUAGGAUUUUGCUGUCUGAGCUGUGUGCCUGUGAGCUUGAAGCAUCCCGGUACAUGGCAGCAUCACUUGGGGUCUUGGGCUAUAUGGCAUAAACGACUCCCGAGCUAACACCCUCCUCUUCCCUCUCCCCGUGAGAUCCGCACGCGCAGCACCCGCAUGAGGAGCGCCUCCGCGCGACAUGGCCCUCAUAAAUCUUGCGUGCCUCGGUAACAAGACGAUUGGCCACGCCGCGCCGCGCGCGCCCACGCGCCGGGCCGCCACGGCUCAGUGGCGCGCCACGCGCGCGCCCAUUUUAAAAACCCCUCACUUCCGCCUUGGUACCCCCGCGCGCGGGCGCUGGCGCUGGCGCACACGCACGCACACAUGCAUGCAGCGCAGCCACCCGGCAGCAGCAAGCGCCGGGGCGCCGUGGAGCGGCCAGCUAGCGGCGCGGGCCUGCAGGCGGAGGAGGCGUCGUCGGCGGGGCCCGGGGCGCCGUGCGGGGCGUGCAAGUUCCUGCGGCGCCGGUGCGUCCCGGGGUGCGUGUUCGCGCCGCACUUCAGCGGAUGCGGCGGCAGCGGGGUGGGGGCGGGCGUAGGAGGGAGAGGGAGGGAGCGCGGCGCGGCGGAGUUCGCCGCCGUGCACAGGGUGUUCGGCGCCAGCAACGUGGCGAAGCUGCUGUCCCGGGUGCCCGCCGCGCUGCGCCGGGAAGCGGCGCGCACGGUCUGCUACGAGGCCCAGGCCCGCAUCGCCGACCCCGUCUACGGCAGCGUCGGCACCAUCCUCGCGCUCCAGCACCAGGUAUCUCUCCUGCAAGGGCAGCUCUCCGUCCUGGAGUCUCAGCUCUUCAACCUGCGGGUGGCCUUGGCGAGCGCGCACCCCGACACGCCGCCGCAGCACUUCGUCGUGCUGCAGCCGGCGCACUCCGCGGCGUCCACGCUGAACCAGGUGGUGGUGAACUACGACGACCUCCCGCACGCCGUGGAUUUCAUGGACGCGGAGCCCGCCGCGCUGAGGGGACUAGAGUCUCUCCAGCUCUCGCAGCCACUGCAGCGGGAGGAAGACGAGGGCCACCGAGACAUGAACCUCUUCUCGGACAGUGUAGGACAACGGCAGCUGUAAAAUUACCUGUGCAAUUGCAUGAUUAGGUGUCUCUGUGGCUAGUACAUUCACUCUUGAGUUGGACCACAUUGUGUGAUUUGAGAAUUGCGUGGGAUCAUCAAUCAUGAAUAUCCGUAUUCUAAUUUGAUCAA